AUGUCUCUUCAAGGAAAGAUAGCAAUUGUAACAGGCGCAGCUCGUGGUAUUGGAGCAGGUAUUGUACUGGCACUAGCCAGACAAGGAGCAAGCGUAUCUUUCAACUAUGUCUCCCCUUCCUCCAAGGAAGCCGCUAUAAAUUUGGUGAAGGAAGUCCGGGCUCUUGGAACCCGCGCGGCCUGUGUCCGGGUCGACAUGGCAUCGCCCGAAGCCCCUUCUGUUUUGUUGCAUGCCACCCUCAAGGAGUUUCGGACCGAGCGAAUCGACAUACUAGUGAACAAUGCGGGUCUUGGAGGAAACGCACCCCUGGAAGAAAUUACGAUCGAAGAAUAUGACCGGUUGAUGACAGUCAACGUCAGAGCCGUUAUCUUUAUGACACAAGCUGUUCUGCCACAUAUUAGCCGCGGUGGGCGCAUAGUCAACUUGUCAUCCAUUUCUGCUCGAGGGGGCUACUCGACGCAAUCCGUCUAUGCCGCUUCAAAAGCUGCGGUUGAAGGCCUCACAAGAGUAUGGGCGACGGAGCUCGGUCACAAGUACGGAGUAACGGUAAACUCGGUCAACCCUGGACCGGUCGACACUGACAUGUACCGCGCAGCCGGGCCAGUACAUCUCGCUAGAAUGGAGGAGAAAAACAAGAAGGUCCCUGCUGAACCUAGAUGCGGCAGAGAACAGGACGUUGCCGACAUUGUUGUAUUUUUGUGCGAAGAGCGAUCCCGCUGGGUCACUGGAGAUACCAUAUGCGCCAACGGGGGUAUGCUAUAUACUUGA